UGCUGCUGGUGCCCCUUGCUCCUGAACCACAGCCCUGCCCUCCAGCCCUGCCCCUCACUCCCACCCCACAGCUGCUGCCCUGCCAGUGCCCCCCAGCCCUGCUGGUGCCCCUUAUUCCCGCGCCCACUGUCCCCCAGGAUCGGGCUGGCGGUCGCCCGGCGCCUGGCACAGGACGGGGCCCACGUGGUGCUGAGCAGCCGGAAGCAGGGGAACGUGGAUCGGGCCGUGGCCGAGCUCCGGGCCCAGGACCUGAGCGUCUCCGGCACCGUGUGUCACGUGGGCAGCGCGGAGGAUCGGGAGCGGCUGGGGGGCCCGGGUCUCUCCUUGGUUCUGGGAGGGCAGCGGGGCCUAGGCCUCACCAAAGCCCUGGCCCCCGAGCUCUGCCCCUGCAACAUUCGCAUCAACUGCCUGGCCCCCGGCAUCAUCCAGACCAAGUUCAGCGCCGCUCUGUGGAAGGACGAGGCGGUGAAGGAGAAAAUGAUGGCGAACCUAAGAGUGCAAAGGUACCAGCAGCCCCCGUCCCCCCAUCUCCCCGUCCCGCCUCCCCGCCCCCGCUGA